AUGUCAUCUAACAAUAGCACAAGCAUUACAUUAGCAAUUCUUCAACUUCAAAGCGCUUUUCGAUAUCCAAGCCUUAUUUUAGGCUUUACUCUAUUAAUUGGUGGUGUAUUAGGAAAUAUUCUUAAUAUCAUAGUCUUCAUUAAAGCUGGAAAUUACAAGAACAAUGCAUGUUCACUUUACAUGUUUGUUCGUACUUUUUUUGAUCUCUAUGUUCUUCUUGUUGGUCUAACCACUCGAAUUCUUAGUACAGGCUUUCAAAUGGAUUUUACUUUAAUAAAUCGAAUUUGGUGUAAAACUCGCGUAGGUUUUCUUGAUAUUAAUAGUCAAAGUUCAUAUACUAUGAUUUGCUUACAAGCUAUUGAUGCUUUCAUGUGUUCUUCUCCAUCAGUUGGUAUACGACAGAUGAGUAAUAUUCGAAUAGCACGAUAUUUAAUAAUUGGUACUCUUUGUUUUUGGCUUACUCAUGAGAUACCCUAUUUCAUCUUUCAAGAUCUUGUUGUUACAGGAGGUAUCCCGAUGUGUAUCGGAACAAAUGCAAUAUUUACUCAAUAUCGUAGUUAUUUCGUUGCUCAAUGUAUUGUCACUAUUAUUCCUAUCAUAGUCAUCUCUAUUUUUGGGUUUCUUACUGUCCGACAUAUGAAAACUAUUGGUGUAACUAGAUUACUUUCUUCUCUUACUAGACAAACAAUUAGUAUGGUAUUAUUUCAAAUAUUUGCUGCAUUAGUUUUCAAUGGCCCAAAUGCCGCUUCGCUAACUUACUCAAUCAUUACAGCAGAUGUAGUUAAAGAUACUUAUAGGCGAGCAGUGGAACAGUCAAUUACUUCAUUUAUUGCUACUUAUUCUUAUGGUCCAUAUGCAAGUUCAUUUUAUUGUUAUUGUUUAUCAAAAAGAUUUCGACAUCAGUUGACCGUUUCUCUCAAAGAACUCGUUUUUGGUAUACAUAUGAAUCGGGUAUUUCCAAAUACUCAAAGAAUUCGUAGUCAUGAUUAA